AUGCAGAAACUCUGGGUUGGUGAAAAGGGAUCUCGAACAUUCGACGAGUCCGAAUACCCCCAAACUAGAAUCCCUAUUUCAAAACUCAAAAGAAACGUUGACUUACCAUCUUCUGGAUCUGGAAUCCAGCAGUUUUUCUUUGAGUCGAAUGGACGGGCGGAAGCAGCAGCCUUCGCCUCUCUCGACAUUCCCAAGAAUGGGAAUCCUGGAUCAUUUUCGAAUGCGUCCGGAUUGCCAGACAUUUCUAGAUGGAUCUAG